GAGACAACGUGCCACCAUGCCAGCCGUUUCCAACCGAGCCAGGGCCCGGGAGAGGAACAAUGUCUUGUACCGGACCGAAUUCCUCUCCCUCAACCAGCCCUUGAAAAGUACCCAGGAGCCUCGGAGCCUUCUCCGGAGGGCGAACAGCCAAGGGGGCCCUGCCCCAUCCCAGAGCGAGGGCUCCAAGGAGCAGCGCCCGUCUCAGCAGCUGCCGGAAGAAGACUGCAUGCAGCUGAACCCCACUUUCAAAGGCAUCGCCUACAAUUCCUUGCUGGCCAUAGACAUCUCCCUCUCCAAGCGGCUGGGGGUCUGUGCCAGCAACUCGGCAGCCUGGGGCAAUGCCCGCUCCAUGGUCAACCUCAUUGGCAUCACCGGGCACGGUAUUCCUUGGAUCGCAGGCACCCUCAUCUGUUUGGUCAAAAGCAGCACCUUGGCUGGCCAGGAGGUUCUCCUCAACCUCCUCUUGGCUCUGCUUCUGGACAUCAUAAUUGUAGCCGGGUUACAGAAAAUGGCAAAGCGGAAAGGUCCUUAUGAUGUUAGCCCGGGCAUUUUGGACUAUCUGACGAUGGAUAUCUACGCCUUCCCUGCUGGUCACGCCAGCCGAGCUGCUAUGGUGUCCAAGUUCUUCCUCAACCACCUGGUUCUAGCAGUCCCCCUCCGCAUUCUUCUUAUCCUUUGGGCUUUCUUAGUGGGACUCUCCCGAAUUAUGGUGGGACGCCACCAUGUCACCGACGUCCUAUCCGGGUUUGUCUUUGGUUACAUCCAGUUCCGAUUGGUGGAGAGUCUCUGGAUGUCCUCCAACACGUGCCAGAUGUUGAUUUCUAUGUGGUGAAGAGGAGAGAUGUCCUCAUCAGCUUCCUUUCAUUUUCUGUUUGAAGACCCGGACAAGGCAAGAGAUAUCUCCGAAAAGGAGAUGUUUUACAAGAGAACCACGAAGUUUGUUCUUCUAGAAGUUCUUCAAACUUCUUCUUAGAAGUUUAUUCUUCUAAGUGAGGGAUCUGAACCUCAUGAAGCUGAAGAGACCAUCCCAUCUCAUGUAGUAACCUCAUCUGGGAAUCAUUGAGAUUGAUUUUUGAUUGAUUGAUUGAUAUGGGUUUUUUUUCUCCGUGAUUCCAACCAGAAAGCAAAUCCAAGGAUCAAGGAUAACAUUGCUUUCUCUUGCUAUCUGGCUGUUGAGACAAUAGCUCUUGCUUUUUAAUCUGGAGACAGUUGUAGAAUUCAAUGGCAGUUGAGAAAUACAGGAUGAGCUUCCUUGCUCAAGUUGAGGUGUCCCCCAGUUGUGUUGCGACUCUUGUUCUUGGACAUCCCAGCUUCUCUGCCUUCUUUCCCAACCUUGGACACCACCAUAUGUAUGAACAUCAGUUUCCAGAAUUCCCUAGUCAGAAUGAGAGUAUUAUGGGAGAGAAAUGGCAUCUUCAACAAGGGUGGACUUCAGCACCCAGAGUUCCCCACCAGUGAUCUGGUCAACACUGAGAAUUCUGGGAGCUCAAGGCCCCCCCUUCCAGAAAGGUGGAUCUCAGCUUCCGGGAGGCGAAUUCUAGAAGUUGAAAUUAAUGCAUUUGGACAAUGUACCACGGGGGGAAACCUACACCAUGCCUUAUAAAUUAUUGAUAAUGACACAAGAGUGUUCUGUACCUCUUAGAUAUUUUCCCUUGUUUUAUUGCCAAUUUCUUAGUCAAGAAAAAUUCAGGAACCGUGAAGAGAGCCCGGAUAAGGUGGUAGACUAAGGUGGAAAUCGUAAUCCAGUUCAAAGCAUCAUUAGUUGUCAAGUUUACAAGUCAGUAGCCAAGCUCACACACAAUGGACCCCCAUCACAAGGUAAACCUUGAUUUGCAAAAUAAAGUGGCUGGAUUCACCCAUUGGGCAGAAGUCAAACCCACUUAAUUUAUGAUUUACAGCAAUGUUUCC